AUGCGAGGGGCUUCCGCGGCCUUAUGUUCUCCCGUUCCUUCAACCACGGAUCACAAACCCAUACUAACCAAAUAUCCGGCUACCCCAUUCCUAAUUCUACCCACUUGGCGAACUACCCUAACUCAACCUGCCCCUUGUGUGCAGCGGAUUGCCCGGUUGACAGCACAGUCCCCGACCAGUCCUGUGCAUUUUCCGGUUCAGCACCUAAUGGCUGUGCCGUCCGUGCGUGUGAAUUUUUUACCUGCUUUUAAUUCACGAACAAGUCGAUACACGAAGAUCUAUAAUGUGCGUCAAUCCAACACUCAUUUCCUGCCACGAAGAAAUUUGACCUCUCCAAUUCCAAUUUGGACCAGAGGUCCGAGUCCGCCCCCAUGCAUUCCGGAAGAGGAUGAAUACGAAGGAGACAGUCAGUCAAAAGGAGCAUUAAAUGAACCGACUCCUAGUUCUCCGAAAACGGUUGAUUCAAAUCGAACUCCCACACUUAAUCGAAAGAGCUCCUCAGAACAGACCACUCGCAUCCUAAUUACCGGGCCACCUAAUGAGCAACCACACUCCUCAUCUGCUCUGUCGUCACGGGGCGUUUACUGGCCUGAGACAUCCGUGCCAGCAACCGAACAUGGUCUGUAUGAACAUCAUUUAGACAUUCUUCAAACUGUGGAAAGUACGUGGUUAAGUGGCUCUAAUGGAAUUGGUCUGUAUAAGAACAAAGAAGUUUACGAUAAUUAUUGGUUUGGUUCUGGAUCAGAUCUGUUACUGAUACCUCCAUCUGCCCACAAUCCAAAAUCGCCAGUAAACGGGAAUGUGGACAUGUACAACAUGUUCUACGAGUACCCACCUGUUGUAAUGUACUCUGGUAACAAACAGCUGCCCGUGUCCACGUACGUCUCAGGGGAACAUUCUUGUUUUGGUAAACUGCUAUGGCUUACAGUUUCCGUCCCCACGGAAAUGUCGUUGGUACACAAACACGUACGCACAAUGGCUCAAGCCAUUGUAAUUUCUCAUUUUCGAUUUUCAAUUACUCUGAUUUUUCGUCAACCUAAAGUUUGA